AUGUCAGGGCCUGGCACGGUCAGCGACCUAGGCAGGAAAAAGUCUCUCAUCCGCCCUGAACGAAAUCGGAUUGACCCUUCACAUCCAAACUACCACUACCGCAAACAUGCCCAGAAUAUGGAAGUUUUUCCCUCUUCCACCGGAAAUGACCCGAUCAUUGAAGAGUAUGCCGAUGCACGCACAGCCAGCUCCGAUAGUACGAAUGCAAGACCCCUCGAUGAUGGCCCUUACACCGACGAUCCGCGUGUCGCUCGUGCACCUGGCAAUAUUGAACCAAUGGGCAAGAAGCGACCGCCCCGCAAGCUUACAAGAAAAGAAACAGUAAAGCUGACUGAAGAAGAGAAAAGACGCCAGAAAGAGCUCGAUACCAUCAAGCCUCCUUCGGCCUGGAACGUUUACUGUGCAGCCGUCACAUUCUGGAUUCCCGAUGUCGUUCUCAAAUGCUUUGGAAUGCCCGCUAAGGCGCAACGGAGAGCCUGGAGAGAGAAGAUGGGUCUUAUCAGUCUUAUUGUCCUCAUCUGCGCUGCGGUCGGUUUCCUGACUUUCGGCUUUACGCAAGCUGUUUGUGGACAGCCGGGACUGCGACUGAAAAUCAACAAAGUCGAUAGUGGAUACAUGAUUUUCCAUGGCGAGGCGUACAAUCUGGACGGUUCUCUGCAUCCGGCUGCUAGGGGUAUUCCGAUUGAUACCAAUGUUCUCUACGACCUGCCCCACAGGUAUGGUGGUCAAGACGGAAGUUUUAUGUUUCAGCAGGUCAAUGGCCAUUGCAAAGAUCUCAUCACUCUCGCUCCCGGCUCCGAUGUCCCCACAAACAGUGAGGGUGAUCUAGCCUGGUACUUCCCUUGCAAGGCCUUUAACCAGGACGGAUCCUCGCAGCCAAACACAACAAAUGAGUACUACUUGGGCUAUGCUUGUCACACCACCGGAAAGUCCCGAGAGUCGUUCUAUAACCUUAGGAAGGCAGGAGAAGUUUUCUUUACCUGGGAUGAUGUCAAGAACUCGAGCAGGAAUUUGGCUGUCUAUUCGAACUCUGUCAUCGAUCUUGAUCUGCUCAGAUGGUUCAACGACAGUCAGGUGGCGUGGCCCGCACAAUUUGAUGACAUGCGCAAUAACCCAGAAAUCCGUGGCGUUGACCUCACUCACGUCCUCGUUAGCUCGCGCGAUAAGAAGGUUGGCAAAUGCUUGAGUGAGAUCAUCAGAGUCGGAUCAAUCGACACAGAAACUGUUGGCUGCAUUGCGUCCAAGGUCGUGCUCUACGUGUCUCUGGUCUUCAUCCUGUCGAUCGUACUGGCGAAAUUUUUCCUGGCUUUGACCUUCCAGUGGUUCCUGUCUCGACGCUUUGCGGCAGCCAAAACAUCACAGUCUUCAGAUGCCAAAAAACGCCGCAAGCAAAUUGAAGAAUGGUCGGAUGAUAUUUACAAGCAGGCACCCAGGAUUACUGAUCCUGCCAGCACUGUGUCGGGCUCUGACAAUCGUAUGAGCAAGCGCGGUAGUGCUCUGUUUCCCCAGACAUCGCGCUUCACCAGUCCCUACGCUGUGGAACGUACCUCCAAGGUAUUCAAGGCCCCCCUUACCACCAUGACUACAAGCCAAGGAAACACUGGUACGGCUCGUCCAGGAUCUCUGUACAAACACGGCUUCAACGUCAGCACUAAUACCCUGGAUACACCGACCAGGAUGAGUGUCGGCGCAAGCCGGUCCAGCUUAAUGCUGUCUGGCCAAGACACCCGUUUCUCGCAGGUGAUGGACGAUACCAACGGUCCUCACGGCUUCAUUCACGAAAACGUGGUUCCACAGCCACCACCUGAAUGGCAGCCUUUCGGCUACCCCCUGGCCCAUACCCUUUGCCUGGUGACAGCAUACUCCGAGGGUGAGGAAGGCAUUCGUACUACGCUCGACUCCAUUGCCACCACGGACUAUCCCAACAGUCACAAAGCUAUAGUCGCUAUUUGCGACGGCAUGAUCAAGGGCAAAGGCGAAACUCUGACAACUCCCGAUAUUAUUCUGAGCAUGGUGGGUGACUUUGUGACUCUGCCAGAAGACGUUCAGGCCUUCUCCUACGUUGCUGUCGCCUCUGGCUCCAAGCGUCACAGCAUGGCAAAGAUUUAUGCUGGAUUCUACGAUUAUGGUCGCAACUCACGCAUUCCGCCCGAGAAGCAACAGCGCGUGCCGAUGAUGGUCGUUGUCAAGUGUGGUACUCCCGAGGAGGCCACCAAGUCAAAGCCUGGCAAUCGCGGCAAGCGAGACUCCCAAAUUAUCCUGAUGUCCUUCCUCCAGAAAGUCAUGUUCGAUGAGCGCAUGACCGAGCUCGAGUACGAGAUGUUCAAUGGACUCUGGCGUGUCACCGGCAUGUCGCCCGACUUUUACGAGACGGUGCUGAUGGUUGAUGCCGACACCAAGGUCUUCCCGGAUUCCCUAACUCACAUGAUAUCUGCUAUGGUCAAGGAUCCUGAAGUCAUGGGCCUUUGCGGCGAAACCAAGAUCGCCAACAAGCGUGCCUCUUGGGUGUCCAUGAUUCAGGUCUUUGAAUACUUCAUCUCGCAUCAUCUGUCGAAAUCGUUCGAAUCCGUCUUCGGUGGCGUGACGUGCUUGCCCGGUUGCUUCUGCAUGUACCGCAUUAAAGCACCGAAAGGAGGUCAGAACUAUUGGGUGCCUAUCCUCGCCAACCCCGACGUGGUCGAGCACUACUCCGAGAACGUCGUCGACACGUUGCACAAGAAGAACUUGCUUCUUCUCGGUGAAGACAGAUACCUGUCCACACUCAUGCUCAAGACUUUCCCGAAACGCAAACAGGUCUUUGUGCCGCAAGCAGUUUGCAAGACUACCGUUCCGGAGAAAUUUGCCGUGCUUCUGUCCCAGCGUCGCAGAUGGAUCAAUUCCACGGUGCACAACCUCAUGGAGCUGGUCCUUGUACGCGACCUGUGCGGCACCUUUUGCUUCAGCAUGCAAUUCGUUGUCUUCAUUGAGCUUGUUGGUACCCUGGUCCUACCAGCUGCCAUCUCGUUCACGGUCUACCUUAUUAUCAUCUCUAUUGUUAGCCGACCUGUACCCGUCAUUCCGCUCGUCCUCCUCGCACUCAUUUUGGGUCUGCCGGCCGUGCUCAUUGUCUUGACGGCGCACCGAUGGAGCUAUGUCUUGUGGAUGUUAAUCUACCUCCUCUCGCUACCCAUCUGGAACUUUGUCCUGCCGGUCUACGCCUAUUGGAAGUUCGAUGAUUUCAGCUGGGGUGAUACACGCAAGACGGCUGGCGAAAAGACUAAGACGGCGGGGAUCGAAUAUGAGGGUGAGUUCGACAGUAGCAAGAUUACUAUGAAACGAUGGGGAGAUUUCGAGAAAGAGCGAAGAAUGCGAGAACCCGUGCCCUCGGGCUGGAGCCAGCAUGGUGUGGCGCCGCCUAUGCCUCAGCCAAUGCCUCCGCCGCACCAGCUGCGCGAGAUGCAGCAGGGCAUGUAUGGCCAGGAAUCUUAUCGCGACUACUGA